AACAGUUAAUGGACGUCUUAAAGACAAAAAUAUAAAACUUUGAAUUUUUAAAAUUGCGCGCAAGCAAAAUAUAAAAAUCGGUCGAUUAAAUAAACACAUAAAACUCGAUUAAACAAAUAUAUUAUGCAAAUUUAAAUAAUUAGCGCUGCAGUUCGAAAACCAGUUUAUAAAAAAAACAUAUACAUAUACAUACUUAUAUGACUUUGUCUACGUGUGUAAAACCUAAAAAAGGCUCUAAUUAAAAAACUUAAUACAAGCAAAUAUAUUUAACAGUUUACGCACACUCAUAUAACAAAAUACAACACAUACAAACCUAAAGAAGGUUUUCAAAAACUUUAUCAGCGCACCAAUACCAACAAAUCCGUCUACCAACAGCACGCACGCAUACACAUGCGAAACAGCCUGCUAUAAAUAAUACGCAUACAACGAAAGCAGCUGUUACUCUCUCGUCUAUGUGAGCAGCGAUUAAACGUGAAGCAGCAACAGCAGCAGCAGCAAAGAAAAAAAAAAGCUACAAAAAAUAUUAGCAAAGCUUUGCAGCGAUUUUCACAUUCAUCGGCUAAACAGAAUACAUUUGUAACGCGUCUGGAAUAGUUGUGUGCCUCACAGUGUCUAAGAAAAAGCUAAGCAAAAAAAAUAUAGAUACAAAAUAUUCUAUAUAAAUCUAUAUAAUAUACAUAUAAAAUUAUUAUUUGUGCGUGUUUUCGUAAGAUAAAGAACGCGCAAAAGUGUUUGCAAACGUCGCAAAAGAAUCGCCAAAUCAAAUGCGAAAUUUUGAUUGACAAAUUUAUGAAGAAUUCGUUCGCUCCAAUUCUCUAAUCAACGACUAUAAUGUGCGCCUUGUGACAGUGUUUCACCAGCAACAACAGCAACAAGUCUUACAUAAGCGAGGAAAAACCAAUAAUUUUAUUGGUCAAAUCAUCAUCUAGAAAACAAAAAGUCGAAGUCGUAGAAGUGCCAAACCAUUUGGUCGCCACAUAAUUAAGAAUGUCAAAUAUCUGACACAGUCUGCCUAGACAAAGCUUUUAAGUUGAGCUACAGAAUUCAGCAGCAAAGAGCGAGACAUAGAGACUCUCGCAAGUAACAGUUAAUUUCCACGCAAGGGCUUUAAAACACAAGCUCCUUAGAAUGUUUGCAUUAAUCUGACAGCGGUUUAAAAAACCAAAAAAACAGAGAAGGAUAGCUAAAUCUAGCCCAGAAAAAGCCAAACCGUUCCACAAGCACUGAGCGAAGGGAACGAUCGAGAAAAGUUGGAGGAAUUGAGAUAAUUACAUUUUUGUGCAAUCGCCCCCAAAAUUUGAAAUUUUGUGUAACCCAACGUCAAAGAACUUAACGAUAAAUGGAGAAAUCUGAAAUACGACUGCAACGCAUGUCUAAUGAAUAUCAAUCGCAAUCGAGCUAUAUGUAUUUGCGCAACAAAAUGCUGUUAAAAAUUGAAAACACCCUACUACGUAGCCAUCGUCAGCGUGAGACCACCGGGAUCAAGAAACUGUAUAAUUCGUUUUUCGUACUCUUUUAAUUGCAUUCAAACGUUCUCUCCAACGUCCGAAGAACGCACAACGAAUUUUAUUUCUAUCAA